AGGGCUGGGAAAACUAACCGAACCGAAAUUUCCGAACCGAACCGAACCGAGAUUUUCGGUUUUCGGUUCGAUUUCGGUUAAGAGAAGAUAACCGAUCGGAUGGAAUUAUAAUAUGCAAUCGCUAAUCGGUUCGGUUCGGUUCGGUUCAUCCUAACCGAACGGUUACCCAAAAUUAACCGAACUACCCGUAUUACCCGAAAUUAACCGAACUACCCGACCCGGUUUAACCAAAAUUAACCGAACUACUCGUAUUACCCGAAAUUAACCGAACUACCCGACCCGAUUUAACCGAAAUUAACCGAACUACCCGUAUUACCCGAAUUAACCGCGAUAAUUGACCCGAUUUGACUGAAUUAACCAAACUUAACCAAAUAUCUAAAAUAUUCGGUUAAUUUCGGUAACCAAAAAAAAUACCCGAAAAACCCGAUACCCGAACCGAACCGAACCGUUUAUUAAUUCGGUUAUUUUCGGUACCAUUACUCAAAUUCCGAACUACCCGAAUAACCGAAUUACCCGACCCGAAGUAUCCGACCCGACCCGAAGUCGCAGGCCUAGAAGCGAUUUUACGAGAAGAACCUUUUGGUUUCUCCCAAUCAUCCAAAAUCCGCCAUGGAAGCAGCUACAAGAAUCUUGAGUACUUCUUCUGUUAUCAAUCAUCGUCUUCUUCUCAGUAAGCUUAAUCUAAAAUCAGAUCCCCGUACGAUCAAGCUACUACACAAUGCCGUUUCCAGAGAAUCCUCUAUCUCCGCCUUUCGUAUACGAUACUCUUCGCUUCCACCCAAUUCGAAUCUCUUCAAAUCAAUCUUCUUCCUAACGUCAACGUUUCGUUUCGAGAACACCGCCGUUCACGCCAAUCCAUUCCGAUCCGAACCUAACGAUGGCGUCGCUGUCUGGAACAGAGCUCCACGGAGUGUGAACGGAGGUGGAAACGCGGCGAUAUUCGGCGGGAAUGAGAAAGAGACGACGGUGGUUCUUCUCGGUUGGUUAGGAGCGAAAGAGAAACAUUUAAGGAGAUACGUUGAGUGGUACAAUUCCAGAGGAAUUAACGCCGUUACUUUCACCGUCGACGUUAGGGAUUUGCUCCGGUUAGAUCUUGGUCGGAGGCUUGAACGACGGAUAGCUGAAUUUGGGAAUGAAUUGGUCAAUUGGGUAUCGGAGAAAGAAGAUGAUGGUAGAGAGAAAUGCUUGGUGUUUCACAGUUUCAGUAACACUGGUUGGCUUGUCUAUGGUGCAUUGCUAGAGAGCUUUGUUGGUAGACAAGAUUUAGUAGAAAAGAUUAAAGGUUGUAUCAUCGACUCGGGAGGAGCAGAUCCUCUAGAUACUAAGAUUUGGGCAGCCGGGUUUACUGCUGCUAUACUGAAGAAGCGGAGCUCCACCAUAACCACAGAACCAAACAGUCCCAUAAAAGAAGACGAUGCUUCAACCCCACAAAAGAAGGAACCUUUAGGAAUUGAAAACAUGAUGCUAUCAUCUCUAGAGAAACUCUUCCCCAUCUUCUUAAACCUCCCGGAUGUCAAUACGAGGCUAACGAAAAUCAUCCAAAAACUAUAUGAGAACCAUCCUCCAUGUCCUCAGCUCUAUCUUUACAGCUCAGGGGACAAAGUUGUUCCGUCUCAAUCCGUUGAGCUCCGCAUCCGAGAACAACAGAAGAUGGGAAGAAACAUACAUUCUUUCAAUUUCAAGUUCUCUCCUCAUGUCGAUCAUUACCGGAACUUUCCUGACCUGUAUUCCUCACAGCUUCAGAAUUUCUUGCAAGAGUGCUUCACACCAACAAAACGACAAGCUCUGUGACAUUGGAACAUAGAUCCAGGGCCGUCCCUAAUCACAGCAACAUGAAACAAUUGUUUGGGGCCCCCAAAAUUUUUGUUGCAAAAUUAGGCCCCCAAAAAUACUUUUUAUUGUAAUAAUAGGCUCCAUUUUCUUAAAAUUUUAUGUUUUUGUGUCAAAUUUGCAGAAUCUUUGUAGCCGUGGUUUGUUCGAUAGAACAAGAUAAUCCGAAGGAGAUAGAAACUCGAAAUUGUGUCGACGUGCUACUGAGGCUGGGAUUGUUUCUGAAACUCUUAUAUUGUUGUUGUUGCUAGUUUUGCUUUCAUAUGUAUAACCUUGAACGUA